AAAAAAAAAAAAAAAAAGUAAAAAAAAAAAAAAAAAGCGGUUCGGCGACUCUCGUUUUCAGGGAUAUUGUUGUGUAUAUUGCGUGUCUUCGUUGUGGAAAAGGGAGAUUUGACGUGUUAGUGGCGACGUAGGCGUGAGAUAUGUGUUGCGGUUGUGAUUGAAGAGGGAGGGAUCGAAGCUUGAUUGUAUAGGUUUUGUUGUUUUUUUGAUUGCGUUUUUGUUUUUAUUUUUGUUGAGCGAUCGAUUGAUUUGAUCGAGGCCGGAUGUGGCAUUAAUAAGACUAUGGCAUAUGAGAAUAUGCCGCUGUCGGCUAGCAUGGCGCAAUGUUGCGAUUGCGAGUGCAGCUGUACGGUGAUGGAUAGAUCCAUUUCCGGGAAGUGGCUCCGCUCUGUUAAGCGAAAGUAUGAUGAAUAUGAGGAUUCUGUGUUUUCUGUCCCGGGGUUAGUCAUGCCUCUGACGGCUCGGAUUGAGAUCGGUAACGAAUGUGCUGCUCUGCGUGAAAUGGUGAGCGGCCAGCAGAAGAGCAUUCAGGAUUUGAGUAUGGAGUUGGAUGCGGAGAGGAGUGCUUCAUCCUCUGCAGCCAAUGAGACCAUGCAAAUGAUCCUGAGGUUGGAAAGAGAAAAGGCCGAGAUUCAUAUGGAAUUCACGCAAUUCAAGAGAUUUAUUGAGGAGAAAUCGGCUCACGAUCAGCAAGAGGUGUUGUCCUUGGAGGAUCUGUUGUAUAAGAGGGACCAAGCGAUUCAAGCUUUGACAUGUGAGGUGCAAAUGUACAAGCACAGGAUGAUGAGUUUGGGGUUCACCGAGUCUGAGGUGGAGGUUGAGCUUGAGAAAGAGAGGGGUCGUUUGAGCUCGAAUAAUAGCUUCUCUGAGAAUUCAAAUGGACAAUCUGAUGUCCCUCAAUAUGAAUAUCCCCCACUAAAAUGCUUGAACGAGAAUCAAAUUUACCUUUUGGCUGAUAAGGAGGAUGUGGAUGUUGAGAAAUAUGCAUUUGGGGAGACCCCACGCACGCAUGACCAUUUCCUGGAUUUGGACAAUAGGAUCAACCAAUUGGAAAAAAGUCCUAAGAUCAGCCAGUUGGAAAGGAGCCCUAGGAUCAGUCAUCCUGAUGGUGAUUUCUAUAAGAACAAUGCGCUUGAAAAGGUGAUAGUUGGUCAUUCUCCAAGGCGACCAAUGCAUUUGAGGAAGUUUUCAACUGAUAGUGCAGGAUCUUUAAUUAUAACAAAUAAAGAAAUGAGUUAUGAUUUCGUAACAGAGUCUCCAAAGUUCGGUGGAAGUUUUAAGAAAGAAGGUUCUCUGAAAGACGAGCUUUCAAACUUGAGGAAAAUGGAUAACGCAUCAGAAGUUGAAGAUUGCAUGAGUGACAGAGUUUAUACAAUCGAUCCCAUUCAUCUAGGGGCACCUUAUAAUGGUAUGACAGAUCGUAAGGCAUCUGUUGGAAUCUGUGAGGAUUAUAUGACAACCCCACGGGAUUCAUUGAUUUAUACAAACACAGAAGACGUUGAUAUCAAGAAGCUGUAUGCAAGGCUUCAUGCGCUCGAGGCUGAUAGGGAGUCGAUGAGGCAGGCAUUAAUUUCGAUGAGCACUGAUAAAUCACAACUGGUAUUGCUGAAAGAGAUUGCCCAACAGUUGGCGAAAGACAUGUCACAACCAGAGAGGACAAUUGUGAGGAAGAAACGAUCCACCACUGGCAGCUUUUCAGUUGUGUCAAUAUUCAAGUGGAUGAUUUCCUUUGUGUCAUGGAGAAAGAAAUCACGCCGAUGCAAGUGAGUCAAUAACUUAUCCAUCUUGAUUUCAUAAUUUAUUGAUGGCUGAUUUUGUUUCUUUAAGCUGAACUUGUUUCAAACAUGCUUUUGGCUGCAUAUCUGUGUAUUAUAAAUUUGGAGUUCUAUCCUUGUCUCUACCUUUCUGUCCCCCAUCAAAGUACUAGCACCAUCUUGUCUUUAGAUGUACCAUAAACAUGACACUA